AUCAGCGCAGACGGAUCCAGGAAGGAAGUAUCACCCAGUGCAUGUUGUUGCAAUAGGAAUAGAACUUCCUUAUAAUUCAAUACAUGUGUUUCCUCGUGCAAAUGCCCUUUUGCUAAUACUGCAAGGCGAACAUUUACAGAAAGAAAGAAGAGUUUAAGAUGGGAUACAUGACGGUCGAGGAGCACAGCUUCACCCGGCUCCACCUCAAGAGAUCUCCGGGCCUUCGCUCCUGGUCUCUUCUUGUCGGUAUAGCGUCUGUGGGGUUGGCAGCUGCAUACUACAGCUCAGACAGCGUCUUGUGGAAGCUUUUCUACGUGACCGGCUGUCUGUUCGUAGCCAUGCAGAACAUGGAGGAGUGGGAGGAGGCGGUGUUCGACAAAACCAAGAACCUGAUCGAGCUCAAGUCGUUUAGCUUGUACGCUCUAGUGCUGACGUUGUGGAAGAAGGGGCACGAGAAAGUUGUGCUGGAUCUCACACAGCUGUGUGACAUCUGCGUCCAGGAGGAGAAGGUUCGUUAUUUGGGGAAGGGCUACGUGCUGAUGCUGCGGCUGGCUGCGGGCUUCUCCUACCCCCUGACUCAGAGUGCCACACUGGGGGGACGCAGCGACGUGGAGGCGAUGGCUGUAUUGCUGAAGCGCUUCCUGGGGCUGGAGGAGCUGCAGCAGCGCAAGGAGCAGGAGGAAGAGGCCGAGUACGCAGAAGAGGAAGAGGAAGAGGAAGAGGAGGAUUCUUUGGCCAACAGCAGUGAUUCAGAUGAUGAAGCUGAGAAACUGAUCUCUCUGUGACGGUUUAAUGAUGUUUCACUGUCGGCAUGUGCAUGAAGCAUUCAGCCUCUUCCAGUUGUGUUAUGUCAGGUGGGGUUAUAGCAGGGAUUUAAUUUUCAUGUGAAGUGGGAUGACAACGUCACCCAAACGUAUAAUGUGUAAUUCCUUCAGCGUUCCUGGUGCAGCAGCACAGAGGUCUCCUCCUCUCUGAUCCAAAGCUUCAACAAGUGUCUUAAAACAACGCUGGCGCUGCUCAGAGGGGAGACGACGCCACGACAGGAGAGAGACGCUCUGAAUGUAGAAACACAGGGAGACUCGUCUUUUGAAUUUAUAUGCAGAAAUGUUACACAUUAUAAAUGUUUGGUCACUCAAAUGUUUCAUAGUUUAGGCAAAGUUCCCUAAAACAGUUUGACUUUCUUUCGUCGUGCUGUAGCUGCAGCUUUUUUUUAUCUAAUUACUAUUUGGGCAAACACUCCAGAUCAGACUCCCCGUGCCUUCCUGCUGAACCUAAUGAGUGUUUACGUAAGCUCAUGGAAAGUGCUCGUGUGGACCACACAGUGCACGAUCCCCUUCUGCGUGUGUGUUCACACCCAGCCUGCGGAUCAACGUACGAGCAAACCGUCAUCAAGUCUGAGUGCUUUCCAUCACGAGUUAAUUAUGUGUUUGUUUGGUCUUUAAAUACUUCGUGUGAACCAAAGACUGAAUCUCAGGAACACUUUGGACAAAGUGUUUUCAGUCUGUAAUUCUAAUUCAGUGUUUCUACGCCUGGAUCUGUGAACGCGGAGGUUUUUUAAUAAAGCUUUGAAUAGUUUGAGGCUGAUCGGCAGCACAUGUGGAUUAAAGCAGAAUAUUUUGUGAGAUGAACGUGAAUCUGGUUAUUAAAUACAUUUUGACUUGA